UCAUUCCUUCUUGCGGCGCGGCCGUGCGGGUGUUGACGGCAACGCGACGCAACCAACACCCCCACCCCGGUAGCGCGCGGCUGCGCACGCACGGCGACUACUACUACUACUCGGCGAGCUCGUGACGUGACGUCGUGAGCCACGACCACGAGGGACGAAGAGACGGCCAUGUGAGCUUGUGUUGUGUGUUGGCCCCCACUAGGAGCAAGCAAAGCGAGGCACAGAUCGGAGGGAAAGAGGGGGAAAAAAAUCUCCGAGCUCUCUUGGAAGCUAUAGCCCCCCCGAUCCGCGGGGGAGAGGGCCCGAUCGGAUCCUUGGGAAUGGCGACGUCGGCGGCGGAGGAGGAGGCGGUGCCUGUGGCGGAGGCGCGGGCGCAGGCCGAGAAGCGCGCUGCGGCGGAGGAUGGCGAGGGGGCGGAGGCGGAGGAGGAGGGGAACGAGAUGCCCGAGCCGAAGCGGCGGCGCGCGUGCGUGGCGGCGCUCGAGGGCGUGCGACGCGCCGCGGCGGACGCGGCCGAAGAGAACGGCGACGGCGGCGGCGGCGGCGCGGGCGGGCCUGCGGCGGACGGGGGGUCGUCGUUCUCGUUCCACGCGCGCAGCUUCUCCGGGGUGGAGACGACGCCCAAAUUCGGGUCCUUCAACCCCGCCGACGACCUCCUCGUCGCCUUCCAGCUCAAGCCUCCGCCUCCCCCGAUGGAUGCGCCGGCGAAGGAGGAGCCCCCCGCCGCCGCCGCCGGCGACGACGACGACGAGGAGGAGCACGAAGCAACAGCUGAGGAGGGCAAUGACGGGAUUUCACAACAGCUUGGGGUAGUAGACCAGUGAAGUGCUCAAGUGAGCGACGGUUUUGACUUGGUGCGACUUCGCUUCUCCGUUAGGCACUGUACUCCUACUUUGAUAACGGUAGCUUUUGAUUUGUGUAGUAGUAAUCUUGUACUACUAUCUCAUCGUGUCAAUGCCUCAGUGGUUCUGUGUUGUGUUGUACAAUCCGAUUCCUAAUGAUAAGAUUAGCGAAUAAUAAAAAUGAUUUUUGCUGGUGUAA